AUGCCCCCCCAAAAGCACGUCGUAUUCGACGUCGUCGGUACAUGCGUUUCAUUCGAUGCAUUCUACAGCGGCAUCGAUCGCACCAUCGGCAAGAAGCUCCUAGCCCACAACAUCACUGCCCGCUCCUUCGGCUUCACCUGGAUGACAGCCGCCGAGCUUGAAUUCACCUUCCUCUCCAUUUCAGAGCGCUACAAGCCCUACAAAGAGAUCCUUCUAGCCCUCUUCUACCGAUCCCUGUACAUGAUGGGAGUUGAAAACCCCCGCGACUUCGCAACAGACGCAGAGCGAGACGCCUGCGCCCAAGCAUACUCCGAGCUUGAAUUAAGACCCGGCACGAAGGACUGUUUCGGAAAAUUGCGCGAUGCCGGAUUCACCGUUUGGGCUUUAACAACGGGCGACGCUAAGCGUGUUCGCGGGUACUUUGAGCGUGCUGGGUUAGACAUGCCGCUUGAGAACUUUAUUAGUUGUGACUCGCAGGGAGUCGCGAAGCCGGCAUUGGCGGCUUAUAGGCCUGCAUUUGCGAAAUUUGCGCAGGAGGAUGCGAAGUGGUUUGCUGCUGCUCAUAUGUGGGAUGUUACUGCUGCUGUUAAGAUUGGGUUUCGGGGGGCUUAUUGUACUGUUUAUGAGAAGGAGUCUUGUGCGGAAAUUUUUGAUGCGGAGUUGGAAGUUAUGGAAGAUACAUUGGAGAAGAUGGCGGAGGGCAUUAUUGCUGCUUCGACUUGA